CGUCCGUGUUACAUAUCAACCCAAGCUCUGCUUCUCCUCUCGUUCAAUCCGAGAAUUCCUAAACAUUAUCGCGGAAACACGCAUGGCCGAAGAGGCCAAACAGCAACAAGCUGAAACCAUGGAAGAUCACGACGAGAAGAAGCUCAAGCAUCUUGAAUUCGUGCAAGUUGCUGCGAUCUACAUAGCGGUUUGCUUCUCGAGCCUCUACGAGUGCGCCAAGGAGAACUCUGGUCCGCUGAGGCCAGGAGUGCAAACCGUCGAAGGAACGGUGAAAACUGUAAUCGGACCGGUUUACGAGAAAUUCCAUGACGUUCCUUUCGAGCUCCUCAAGUUCCUCGACCGCAAGGUGGACGAGUCAUUAAAGGAGGUGGACAAACACGUGCCGUCACUGGUGAAGCAGGCCGGUAACCAUGCCAAAGCCGUAGCCAACGAGGUGCAUCGCGUCGGCGUGGUGGACGCGGCAAAAAGCAUCACAAGGAGCGUGUUGGCCAAGUACGAGCCGACGGCUAAGGAACUUUACGAGAGUUACGAGCCAGUGGCGGAGCAGUACGCGGUGUCAGCUUGGCAGACACUGAAUCGGCUGCCGCUGUUCCCGCAGGUGGCCGAGAUUGCAGUCCCUACGGCGGCGUACGGGUCGGAGAAGUACAACCAAGUGAUUUGUUACAUCGAGGAGAGGGGGUACGCCGUGGCGUCGUACCUGCCGAUGAUUCCGAUCGAGAGGAUCACCAAGAUGUUCGAAGAAGGUCAUAAUGGAGAUCCUGUAACUGCCACUACCAAUGGUAAAUCUGCCAUGGCACAGUGAAACAAGGAGACUGCAUUGUUGGUGAGGGUAACUUUCAAGUGAGAUGGAUAAGAAAUGGGUGUUGGGUUUCUUGUCUUUGUGCAUUUGGAUUUUGCCGGAACAUGAACAUCGAGGAAUUAUUCCCAACAUUCAAAUUUUAA